CCUCAGUCCGUGCGUGCGCGUCCGCCGUCACCCCGUCGUCGGCCCGUUCCCGUGGAUCACGUGCGCGAGACACCGCAGAGAGGCCUAGCCAACCCCGGACACCGGAAGUUCAUCCCUUGCCGGGAUGUCCACGGAGUUUCCGGUACCACGGAGCACCGCUUCGGCCCGCGUCGCCAGCCCUUGAGAUAUGAUCAAUUUCUUCGGGGACAACGUCGCAGGUUUGCCAUAAAUCCUUUGUCGAAACAUGCCGCGGCCAGCCGACCUCUCCUCGCCGCCUUCGCCUUCGCCGUCUUCGCCGUCUUCGCCGCCGCCGUCGACGACGCUUCCGGCUGGCUUUCUGGAUUUUUGAAUCUUCUCGCGCGACCGCGGCCGGCUUCUCAUUGUCCACGGUGAAACGGUGCCGCUUUGUCCGAGCGUCCGGCCGAAACGCUCCGCCUCGCAAGUUUCUGUGAAUCGACGCGCUCUGACGAAACCCGAUGCGGCCGGGUAUCUAUCCAAGUUCCGGCGAGCUUCGCCCGGGAACUCCUCCGCGCCGCCGAUAACUCGAUUGUGGCCGUGUUAAUGGAAGACUCGCCGAAAGUGUGAAAACCUCGAGAGCUUCCCCGUGGAUCGGCGACUGUGACAAAAUGGUGGAUCGACAAAAAACGCUUCUAGUGGUGUUGAUAGCUCUCCUAAUUUAUCCGAACGAUAUUUUCGGCGGCGCUUUCCCACCCGAAUUCUCCGGCCCUAUCACGAAUCUAACGGUGGCGCUCGGAAGGGACGCAACCUUUACGUGUCUGGUCAAACAUUUGGGGGGUUACAGGGUCGGCUGGGUGAAAGCGGACACUAAGGCAAUCCAGGCGAUCCACGAGCACGUAAUAACUCAUAACAAGAGGAUCUCAGUGUCCCAUAGUGAUCAUACGAUGUGGAAUCUCCACAUAAAGGGUGUGCAACAGGAGGACGAAGGCGUCUAUAUGUGCCAGAUUAACACGAAUCCCAUGAAAUGGCAAACAGGUGUGCUGUCAAUCGUUGUGCCACCUGAUUUCAUUCCUGAGGAGACGUCGGGCGAUGUCAUGGUGCGCGAAGGAGGACAGGUGAGGUUAACGUGCCGUGCGAGAGGCGUGCCGCCGCCCCGAGUAUCCUGGCGCCGAGAAGACGGCGAGAGUAUUAUAAUUCGUCAGCCAUUUGCUGCAGGCAGCCAGAACCAGAAGACUCACGUGACCUCCGUGUCCGAGCACCAAGGCGAAGACCUGAAGCUGACGAAGAUCUCGCGGCACGAGAUAGGCGUGUACCUCUGCAUCGCCAGCAACGGUGUUCCGCCGGCAGUCAGCAAACGUAUUUCUAUCAACGUUCAUUUUCCGCCGGUAAUUCAUGUACCUAAUCAACUGGUCGGUGCUCCUCUGGGCACGGACGUGGCCCUGGAAUGUUUUGUCGAGGCUUCGCCGAAGUCGAUUAAUUAUUGGGAGAAGGAUAACGUAAUGAUAAUAGCGAGCCAGCAGUACGGUGUACAGGCGAUCCCGAAAUCCCAGUUCGAAGUCAGGAUGGUGCUGACUAUUCGAAAUCUACAGAAACGCGACGUGGGAACCUAUCAGUGCGUGGCCAAAAAUUCUCUAGGCGCCUCCGAGAGCAGUAUUCGGUUAUAUCAGAUUUCAGGGCCGGCGAGAACGCAAACAGCAGCCCGGCCGUCGUUUUACGACGAGGAGGACGAAACCGUUUACGGCUCGGCGGAGAUGGACAAAAUGGAGAACAGGCCUCUGUCGGUGGACAACGCGAUCAAUGGCCAUCUGGGAUACCCAUCAGUGGCGACUCCGGUGCCGACUAUGAGGAUCGGCAAAAAGAGGCCAACGAUCGGCGCGGCCUCGAACGCGGAUCAUCGGUCGGCUUCUAGUCUGCUGAUCAUCGUUCUGACGCUGAUCGCCGUCUACCAGCGAUGCCAAUGAACCAGCCGACCAGAGGUUUGAGAAAUCUGUUAAAAUCACGAUCGAUACGAGGCCGGUCCGGCAGAUGGUACGCUUUGUUUCUCGGUUAAUUCGGCGCCGACGAAGUAUCGUCUUCCCUGAGUGGCUUAUUCUUAAAUCGUAGCUUUAAUAACGGAACAACGGAGAACGGAUCGCGGCGCGGCGCGCGGCGGUUCCCGGUUGAAACGAUCAUGGUUGGGCACUAUGCGGAACACGUACCGCGAUGUCGGCACGCGGAACGGGCAAGAAUAUGUUUAACAAGGGAACGACGACCGAUUUAAGCUAGAAUUUUCUGUCGCCCCUGCUUAAUUGCUCGGUUUGCAACGCUGAGACUUGAGUGAUUUCAGCGAUACUUUUCCGAACCAACUACGAAGAGGUUCUUGUUGAAAUUUUUGUGAUGAUCGAGCUCACGUUUGAGAAAUUCGCAUUAAUUUUGUUCACAGAAAAUACGAGCGAUUCAAAUCGUAAUUUCUUGAUUCUCCUAUUUGACAGCCCGAUUUAGACGCUGAAAGUAUAGUGCUCUUUGCGAUUAUUUUCUGAACUGAUUAUGAAGAAGUUCUUCUCGAAACUUUUGCGAUAAUUGAGCCGAUGUUUCGGGAAUAUGUACCAAUUUUGUUGGAGAAGAGGCGACCGAUUGCAACGCUGAGACUUGAGCGAUUUCUGCGAUUUUUUUCGGAACCAACUAUGUAGAGGUUCUUUUUGAAAACGUGUUUGAGGAAGGUUUGCUGAUUUUUUUGUGGAGACACGCGCGAUAGAAACUGAUUUGUCUAAAUAUUUAUAUAGAGCUCCAUAACUGGUGAAACUGGUGAGCAUUCCAUAAUUUCCAAUUUAAUUGGAUGGUUGAACUCAAUCGAGCCAAAUGUGGAAAAACGACUAACUGAUCGUAUACAAAUAAAUUCCAUAAAUUUUAGCAAUUCUUGUUCUUUGUAUUCGCUUGUUUUCUCAUUAGACUCCGCGUUAUUUUAUGUUUUAUUUUAUUUUAUUAUUUUUAUUUUAUGUUCAAACUUCAUUUAUCAUUUAAUCUACCAACAAUUUUCUAAUAGCUGUUCUUAAAAUUGAUGUUUAACAUAUAAGAAUUUCUUAAAAAAUCGUUUAGAAACUACAACAAUGGCAUCCACAUGGCAUCCAUGGCAAUCAAAUUAUUUAGAUUAGUAUAAUGCAACAAAUUCCUUCGAAAUAGUUUCCUCGAAGUAGCUUCUCUUAGACACGAUUCACUAUGAAUAAGCUUCCUGUAAAUAAAGAGUGAAAACGAAAUAACAUUCUUAACAUCGGACCAAAUGACCUGAAUUUUUUCGUAACGUCAAAAACAUUAGUCUACUAGAUAAUGUGUAAACAAAUUUUUGUAGAGAUCGCAGUUGGUUGGAAUUACAGAGAAAAAUAAAAAAAAAUCAUUUUAGAUGAAGGCAAAAUCGCAUCAAACAAUCAUCAGAAAUUUAAUAAGUUAUUUCCCACAUUUCGGAGAUCUGAAGAAGUUGAAGUUUUGAUUCGGUUAUGAAAAUUACAUAUCGAAUUUUAUCUAAAAGGAUUAACGUUGUUUUUAGAUACAAGUAAAAUGACUAUGAGGGCACAGUGAUCAAGGGGGGCAGAGUAAUCGAGACACUCACGCAAUUCGUAAAAAUUAGAAUAAACGGUUCCCGUGGAAAUACCAAAGUUCGAAAACCGGUGUCCGUAUAACAUAAAUCCUGGCAUCGCAAAAAUGUUCACGCCCGAGGAACGCAAAAAAUCUGGGGAGCUUCCGACGCCUGGAAUGACGGUUCUAUAGCGUUUAACGUUUUUGUUAAUGUGAUCGCCAGCGAUACGAGGGGGGCCGAAUUAGCUCGUACGACUCAUAAAUUAUAUAGUCGCGACGAUGGAGGAAAUGAAACGCGCGAGCCGCGUACGUCGGAACUUUAUUUUCCGCCGGCGAAAAGGAGAACGUUGAAAUAUUAACAAGUGUAUCCCGGACAUGUGCGAACUCGGUGUUUGCAUUGAUCCGGCACUGCGCGAUUGCUUCUAUCCAGUUCUAUCUGUUAGCUAAUAAAAAAUAACGCUUCGAAACUUCGAAAUGUCGGACGACGAACGAUUCCAUCGGGAAAAUUCUGACGGAAUUAUUAGAUCCCGUAGAAUUGCAUUCUAUUCAUUGGCCCCUCUAUUUACAUUUGCGAAAACAAAGAAUCCUUUAUUCGCUGCUUGCCCAUUAUUGAUUCCUCGAGCGCGGCUCGUUGAUCACGAAACUAUUCGCCGAUUGCUAUUUAACAGCGAUUUCGUUCUAACGUUUCACACUUUCGCUGUCCCAUCGUUCGCACAUCGUUCUGGGGAAUCCAUUUUUGCGGCGAUAUAUUGGACAGCUCCGUUAAUUGGUCUUUUGUUGUACUAGAUUCAGACUCCUUCAAUUAACAUUAUUCUUUUUAUAGAUAACAUAAUUCUUUUUAGAAUCGUUUAAAAGGAUUAUUCGAAAACAAUAGAAGCAACGUUUCAUUUUAACACUUUGACUGCCGCGUCACCCGUAUGCGGAUGACGAAAUUAUUUAAAAUUUAAUUUCCAU